AUGAUAUUUACUUCAAAGCUCAUCCAUCUCAAGAAUCCAAAAUUCGCAGUUUCUGUGCACGGACCAUCUAUAUUUCUUAGCGCGUCACUCAAUAAAAGUUCAAAUGCUUCAAUAUCGACGACAUGUCAAUUGACCGACUCCUAUUUUGAUCAAUCUCAUCGGGCACUAUCUACAACCUCACGAAUAUAUGCUCCCGAGCCUACCACACGAGCACCAUUCACUCCAGACUCCUCCUCAACCUCACCUUCACCCUCAAACGGAGAAACCCCCAAUGCCUCCCCCGCAUCCCCGCCCACCCCAAAAGAAGAUACCCUCGAAUCCCUCGCCACGCAAUCUAUCAGCGAAGCCUUUUCAUGGAUAAAACCAAAGCCUCAAGCUGACCCCUCACAUCUUAAUCCCCCAACCGCUGAAAUAGAAAACCGAUCUACUUUUCCCCGACCCUCUCAAUCGCCCCCACUAAAGUCCUCCAGCCUUCUUGACCGCAUAAGCAACUCGAAUAUGGCCAAUCCGUCCAGCAACUUCACACGGUCCUCCUCGAUGGAUUCACCGUUUGGGCGCAUGCAAAUCCCCGUUAAGAAAACCGGAGCGACGGGAAGUCUCUAUGAUUUCAUGAAUGAAACUGCCUCGAUGGUAGCUCCACCUCUAGCUCCCCGAAAAGAAAUGCGAUUGACGCCUCGACCGGGCCGAACUAUCGAUAUCAAAUCCAACAUCGAUUUAUCACGGGGAAUUCGAAUGUUGGAGGCUUCAUGUGCAUUGAAUAAAGUGCGCCAUGAUCAAACGCAUCAGAGAUUCCAUGAAAGGGGUGGUAUGAAAAGGAAGAGACUUCAUCGACAACGAUGGAGAAAUAACUUUAUGGAGGGAUUUAAGGGAAUUGUAGGAAGAGUGAAACAGUUAAAGAAUCAAGGAUGGUAG